UCAGAAAUUCGGCGGCUCGAAUGAAAAAUUAGUGCGGUUUAAUUUCUUGAAUUUAAAACGCAAAAAUGGAAGAAUCGACCGCAAUUGAGCCGCAGACGGAACGUGGCUCGAACCACUUCAAGAAUCGCAACAAAAAGAAGAAAUCCGCCGGCAAGCGGUUCCUGCAGAACGCGAAGGGUUUCGGCCGGAAGAACAGCUUCGGGAGGGGGGCUGAGCUGGAGCAGGACGAGUACAACUAUUUCGUCGAGAUUCUGGAAGCGAUGAACGGGCUGGAGGACGCGGACGAGCGGAGCACGAUGGCCUGCAACGUGUACGAGCAGAUCCGCGAGAAGGAGAUCAAGACGUCGUCGAAUCAGCUGAGCAGCCGGGUGUUGGAGAAUCUGCUGGGGUUUACGGACGAGUCGACGCUGGAACAUCUGAUGGAGGUGUUUGUGGAGAACUUUCGGGUGGUUUGUUGCGACAAGUUUGCGUCGCACGUGCUGCAGAAGAUGCUGUUUAUUGCGGUCGUUCGGUGUGUUGGCGGGAGUCAGCCGGAUCAGGAGGAAGACGGUCCGGCUGCUAAGAAGAUGGCUAAGGGUGAGCUUGGCCGGGAGUUGGAGUACAACAUGGGCCAUGAGUUUGGAGAAGGGCACCGGAAGGUGUGCGGGAAGUUCGUCAAAAAGGUGGCGAAAUUUUUGCUGAACAAUUUGGAGGACUUUGUGUGGGAUUCGUUCGGGAACUACGUGAUCCGGCAGUGCAUUCUGAACCUGGCUGGAAUCGCGGAGCAAAAGAUUAGCAAAGGGGAGUCUUCGGUCGUGAAACGGCUAACCGUGCCGGAAAAGUGGACCAAGCUGAUCAACGAGUUUAGCUUGCGGCUGCUGGCGUGGCCGCAGUUUGCCGAUUUGCCUUACAACGAGUUCACUUCGGUUCUGCUGCAGAACCUGCUCACUUCGCUGGCUCGAAGCGAGGACAAGUUUCAACUGGCACAAAUCGGAGAGAAGCUGCUGAACGAGAGCUUCCUGAAGGAGGAACCUCCAGCAGAAGAUGACGAACCAGAAGCGGUACCGCUUCCGAAGGUUUUCCAGCACGACAGCUCGAUUCGACUGCUGGAAGUGCUUCUCUCCGUGUCCAGUGAAGACUUCCUAAAGGACCAUCUCUUCAAGCAACUCUUCCAAGGCAAAAUAGUUCUGCUGAGCAAUACACGUGCCACCAACUUUGCCGUCCAAAAGUUGCUGGAUAACAUUGCCGACAAACACUUGCUGGAGCUUUUCUUUUCCGAACUCGACGCGGGUCUCGAAGAAGUCCUUCAACAAGGUCACACCGGAGUCGUUGCAAACCUGGCCAAAGCUUGCAACCGGCUAAGCUGCCAGCAGGGAAAGCUGAUCAAACUUCUACUAGACGCCCUCCACUGCUCCGACGCCACCGGAGAAAAGCUGCUCAACUCCGUGCUCAAACUCAUGCCGCCGGAAGUGCUUGCCAAGCAGGAAAACGCCCCAAUCCACCUUCACGGCUCCGUCAUCCUGCAAGCGAUUCUGGAGUUCAACAAACCAAUCAAGCUCGUGUCCGCCAUUCUGGAAACCAAAAACGACUCCCUGGCCAAGAUUUUCACCGACCCGCGCGGUUCCUUCGUCGUGAACGCCUUCAUCACGUCCAAAUUCGUGGGGGAAAAGUCCCGCGAGAAGCUGAUCCGCCACCUCGAGGGAUGCUACAUGGACCUGGCGCUGUCCUCGCACGGAUCGCGCGCCCUCGAGCUACUCUACGGCGCGGCCAGCCCCACCCAAAAAGAAUCCAUCGUGAAGGAACUGUCCGAACGGGUCGCCCAACUCAACAGCAAACCCUGGGGCGUCAUCAUCAACCGGAAGCUGGCGGUCGACAGCUACCGCAAGAAUCCCACCGCGUGGAAAAACGGAACGGCGGCAGCGCCGCUCAACGAUAAGGUCGGCAAGCUGUUUGACAAGGUGAUUGGCGGCGCCGAGUCGCGAAAACGUAAGUAAUAAACUGUUACUCGAUCAAA